AUGCGGUUUCUUCGGAUCCUCUUAGGCCUGGCAUUGCCCACUAUCAUCUAUGCAGAUGUUCUCAACACGGAAGUAUUGGACGAUAUCUUGAAUUUUGAAUGUCUUGUGCUUAAAGUCGAGGUAGACUUGCUACAAGACAGUCCUAUAGCGACCGAAUUUUGCGAAUCUUUACUUGCACCUCUAACAACCACGAUCAGUACAACUACCAAAACGCAUUCCAGCUGCGCCUACACGUAUUCAGUGCAUCAGGUUAUGGCCGGUGCUCAGUCGAUGAAUAUGGCAGCUGCUCAAAUCACUGAUGCACCCGACAUUAUACCUACACCACCAGACUUGAUGCCAUAUCCCAUUUCGGCAGUUAGCCAAGCGUGCAAAUGCCUCGGUAUUCCGGCGUCAGACUUUACAACCCGCACCGCUACGACGACGACCACCACGACGACUACGCUCUGCCCAACUCCCACGACCUGUGGAAACGAAGGUGUUCAAUGGGCAUAUUAUCAGGAUAGCAAGAUACCAUUCAACAGUAUCACAUGCAGCGGUGCUUAUACCUGGACUGUGGAAGAGAUUAAGGAUAUGACGCCUUCCUACAACAGCGCGACCACUUAUCUCUUUUUGGAAAGCACCGGCAGCACGGAUAUCUCGAUCUACGGUUCUAGUAAAACAUUUGACACGACCUAUGUUGCUCUUAAUCACCGUGGAUACAUAUAUGCCGCAGUUUCCGGCGACUACACUUUUACUUCGCCCUCGGUAGACGAUAUCAUUUUCUUCUGGGGCGGACCCAAAGCGUUUUCAGGAUGGAGCGAGUCCAACGCCGAUGCUACCGACUAUUAUUGUGGUCCAGAAGCCACGUUCACUGUGCCACUCCUCUCAGGCCAGUACUAUCCAUUCCGUAUUGUGUAUGCCAAUGCGCAGACAAAUUUGUUGGAGAACAUCACUAUCACUGGCCCUGAUGGUACAGUUAUUCUAGGCUCAGCUACAAAAGGCUCACCGUACAUAGUGCAAUAUUCCUGCGAUGGGACUUUAGCACCCCCGUUUCCAGCUUUUGGGCAAGAAUUGUAA